CGCGUUUUAUAAUUUUAAGACUGUGUCUCAGUCGUCCGAAAGAACUGAAACGAUGAAGUCUUUCGUAGAAUAUUCUCGAGAUUGCGAGUUUCCUAUUGAAAAUCUUCCCUAUGGUGUCUUCUCAACUGCGAGUAAUCCGCAAAAGAGGAUCGGAGUAGCAGUGGGCGAUGAAGUUUUAGAUCUUUCCGUUAUCUCUCACCUUUUCGACGGGCCACUGUUAAAAAACAAUCAAGAUGUCUUCCGUCGCGAUUGUCUCAACGACUUCAUGGCUUUGGGGAGACCCGCCUGGGUAGAAGCAAGAACCAGACUCCAACACUUGUUGGCAGCCGUUAAUAACACGUUGCAGGAGCCAGAUAUGCGAUCAAAAGCAUUCGUGCUACAAAGCGAAGCAACGAUGCACCUGCCAGCGAAAAUCGGUGAUUACACUGACUUUUAUUCUUCUAUUCACCAUGCCACAAAUGUGGGGAUCAUGUUCCGCGACAAAGAAAAUGCAUUGAUGCCCAAUUGGAAAUAUUUACCCGUUGGUUACCAUGGGAGAGCGAGCUCCGUUGUUGUUUCCGGCACACCGAUAAGACGACCACGUGGUCAGACACUUCCGGUAGAAGGUGCAGCCCCGGUCUUUGGGCCUUCCAGACUAAUGGAUUUCGAGCUCGAAGUGGCUUUCUUUGUUGGAGGACCUCCAACACAUGUGGGCGACACCGUCCCAGCAUCGAAAGCCAACGAACAUAUAUUUGGAAUGGUUACCAUGAAUGACUGGAGCGCGAGAGACAUACAAAAAUGGGAGUACGUCCCCUUGGGCCCAUUUGGGGCAAAGAAUUUUGGGACGACCAUUUCCCCGUGGGUUGUUACCAUGGAAGCCCUAGAACCAUUCAAAGUGCCCAACGUGCUCCAAGAUCCAGUUCCAUUUCCGUACUUGCAGCACAGCGAGUCCUGUAACUUUGACAUCAAGUUGGAAGUCGAUAUUAAACCUCCAAGCGGUGUCGUCACCACCGUUUGCCGCAGCAACUAUAAAUACCAGUACUGGACACCCCAGCAGCAAUUAGCUCACCACACCGUAACCGGAUGCAAUAUCAAUCCAGGCGAUUUAAUGGCUUCGGGCACAAUAAGCGGCGAGUCCUCUGACUCCUUUGGCUCCAUGCUCGAGUUAUCCUGGAAAGGUACUCGAGCCGUGCAGUUGAAAGAUGGAACCAGCAGGAAGUUCCUCCAAGACGGCGACGAAGUUUUCAUUCGCGGUUACUGUGUCGGCGAUGGCUAUAGAAUUGGAUUCGGGCUGUGCUCAGGGAAAUUGUUACCCGCUCUUCCUCAAUAAUUCUGUUUCGUGUGUAAUUUCUCGUAUUUGAGAAGACAUCCUACUUUGUACGAAACCUGUAAUAAAGCAAAUAAAGUCGUAAAUUUCUAAACCAG